CACUCUUCAAUCCAUUUAUUCUCCCCCCUGAACGAUUCCAUUUAUCCGGGCUUUGCAGCUAGCCACGCCUCGUUUUUCUUCUCAAUAGUUGUCAGAGCCUCGGGUCACACGUUAGUUGUCGUGAGGCAUCUUCCACUCCCUUUCUUUCUCUCUGUCCUCCACCUUCUCAGGCUCCAGCAUCCUUUUGCAAAGGCUAGGUUAGGCUUUAAACCAUUUUGAGGUAUUUUGUGGGCACAGAGCGCUCUUUCAUCCGCCUGCGCGAGGCAGAAAAACAAACACAAAUCUCCACGCUUUUCUGCUAAAAAGUUCUCCGCUCAAAUUCCGACCAUGUCCGGCGAAGACGCACCUGCCCAACAGCAAAACGCCGAAGAGCAAAAGCAGCAGCAGCAGCAGCAGCAGCAGGAGACCAAGACGCCCGCCGAGUCCCCGAAAACCGAGAGCAAACCUGACCCACCGCCCACCAGCGCGUCCACCGAGGACGCCGCCGCCACCCCAGCGCCCGCCGCAGAGAAAGCCGCCGAGGAGGACACGUUCAGCUACCGGGCUCUGGUGCUCACCGGUUACGGCGGCUAUGAUAAGGUGAAGCUCCAGGUGAAGAAGGGCAAGCCGGCAAUCAAGAGCGGCGAGGUGAUGGUGCGCGUGAAAAUGUGCGGGCUGAACUUCGCCGAUCUGAUGGCGAGGCAGGGACUGUACGAUCGGCUCCCCUCGCCGCCGGUCACCCCGGGCAUGGACUGCUCCGGGAUCAUCGAGGCAGUCGGAGAAGAUGUGAAGGACAGAAAAGUGGGUGAUAAUGUUCUGGUUCUGAACCGGAGUGGACUGUGGCAGGAAGUGGUUGUGGUAGCAGCCACACAUACCUUUCUGAUGCCCGAGGGCAUGAGCUUUGAGGAAGCAGCAGCAAUUCCUGUGAAUUACAUCACUGCCUAUAUGAUGCUCUUUGAUUUUGGACACCUUCGUCCCAACCAGAGUGUACUCAUCCAUAUGGCAGCAGGUGGGGUGGGUAUUGCUGCCACUCAGCUAUGUAAAACGGUAAAUGAUGUCACAGUGUUUGGCACCGCCUCCGCCAGCAAACACGAGGUCAUCAGCCAGGGCGGAGUCACGCACCCCAUCGACUACCGGACACGUGAUUAUGUGGAGGAGGUCCGUAAAAUAAGCCCCAAAGGAUUGGAUAUUGUUCUUGAUCCUCUUGGAGGCUCUGACACCCAUAAGGGCUACAACCUCCUGAAACCAAUGGGGAAGCUCAUCAGCUACGGUGCCGCUAACAUGUUGGCGGGCCAGAAGAAGAACCUGUUUGCCGUGGCUAAGACCUGGUACCAGCAGUUCUCUGUACACACCCUCAGCCUGAUCCAAGGCAACCGAUCUGUGUGCGGGUUUCAUCUGGGAUACCUGGACUCUGAGACUGAGCUCAUUUCUCAGGCCAUGACGGCGAUUCUGGACCUGUACCGACAGGGCAGGAUCAAGCCCCGAAUUGACUCCACCUACCAUCUAGAACAGGUCGGUGAUGCCAUGCGUAGGAUGCAGGAGAGGAACAACAUCGGUAAAAUCAUCCUCACCACCGAACCCAUGAAGGAGGAGGAGAAGAAAGAGGAGGCCAAGAAAGAUGAGGAGAAAAAAAAGGAUGACAAGAAGAAGGACAAGAAGAAGGAUGAGGCCAAGAAGGAUGAGAAAAAGGAGGAGAAGGAAGAGACCAAGAAGGAGGAAAAGAAAGUGGAUGAGAAGGAAGAAGCCAAGAAAGAGGAGAACUGAAAGAGAACCACAGGCCGAAAAAAUAGUGGAUGUGCUUUGUGUCAGUGUCAGGGGUUUUGGGAGUGGUCUGCGUGUGUAUGUGUGUGUUAUUUGAGUGUGUGUGUGUGUCAUUUGAGUGCGUGCGUGCGUGCGUGCGUGCGUGCGUGCGUGUGUGUGUGUGUGUGUGUGUGUGUGUGUGUGUGUGUGUGUGUGUGUGUGUGUGUGUGUGUGUGUGUGUGUGUGUGUGUGUGUGUGUGUGUGUGUGUAUAUGGGGGGUGUAUUGUUUAAUUGGCUCAACCCCAGGUGAUUCCUCUGACAUUAAAACCACAUUUCUGCAAUCAUUCAGAAACACCUUAUGUUCACACACACACAUAUACAGCAAGGGAACACACCACUUAAUUGUUCUAUUGUAUCCUGGUAGUAUUUAUUCCCAGUUCCUCUGCGUUUUGCUGAGCCCUUUCUAACUCUUUCGUAUGACUGCACGCUACCGAGGUGUGUUAGCGCAGUAUUAUCCUUUUUAUAACUAUCACUUCAGUGUUUACUCAACCAACAUCUUCAAUUACAUGGUAAAUAAUCUUAUCCAGCACCCUGUUAAAAUAUACUACCAUUUUCUCUAUUACUCCUGCCAAACUAAUGCACUAUAAAAGUAUUGUAUUCCAUUUGAAAAUCUCUAUCUUUGUAGACACAAACCAAAAAAAAAACUCCCACAUUCGUUCUCUACACUCCUCCGUGUCUUUGAGUACUUGCCUGUGAGACAGUCGAACACUCCCUGGGGUUCACGUGCUAAAGCCUGUGUUAUGCUGGAGCCCCGUUUCUGUGAAAACAGCCCUUUUUGCCAAACCCCUCCUUUUUUGAUUUUUGUUUUGGAGUGGGUGCACUUGUUUGAUUUGCCGUACGUCAUCAAAAGUGUGCUCGAUUGCUAGUUCGAACAGUGAAAGAGCUUUCUGUGCCCACUGGCACACAAAACAAGUGCACCCACCUACAUUCCCAUUGUUAAUGUUGUUCUCCCAUUGGACCAGACUCACUGAUAUGCACUCUGCCCCAUACGCUGGAGGAGUCAGGGUAGUUUCUGAUUGGCUAAGAGGGACAAGAAGCUUCUGUGAUGCACCCCAAAUAACCCAUAUUGGCAUUAAAGAACCCCGUCAACACCUUUUUAAGCUUGAUGGGAACAACCAUGAGGGUGGCUCAGGCUUCAGUGGCUAGCUGAUCAAUGUGUCAUGUCAUUAGACCGGGCAAGUGCCAGGAUUUUAAUGAGCUUAGCUGGCAAGCAGGAUCAAUUAUAGACUAUAUUCUCUCAGCCAUUUCCCAUCCCGCUCGCUCUCUCUCACUCUCAUUGUAUAAACUCUAAGAUGUGGAAGCAACGGGUCAGAUAAAGACAGGAGUGGCCUUUCAUUCCUGAACCUCCUACAGGAUUCCACAGGAUCCUGGUGCUUUUCCUCCCCUCAUUCCCGUGACUGAUCACCAUCCGAUCGGUCUGACCUGCAGCACACUCGCUGCAUAUAACAUUUAAAUAUGAUCUGCACUGUCUGGCCCUUCUAACUCCACUUUCUCUCCUUCUGUUACCCUUUUCGUCAUCAUGGUUGGCAUAGCAACAGCAGUUAGGCCAGUUAGAGAUGACAGUCAGGUCUCACCCCCACAUACCCGAUAGACACAAACAUGCAGCAUUGUUAAUCACAGCUAGCUUCUUUCUCCUUAUGCUUUGAAAACCUUUUAAAAAUAAAUUCUGUCAUCACUUUUUCAUCUUCAUGGUGUUUCAAACCUGUUGUGACUUUCUUUUUUUCUUGGAACACAAAAGGAGAUUUCAGGCAGAGGGUUCAGUCUCAGUCUUCAUUUACUUGUAUUGUAUAGAAAAUAAUAUGCAAUAAAAGGGUGUGGUGACCGAGGCUAAAAUUCUGCCUAAUAUCUCCUCUGUUCCACGUAAGAAAGAAAAUCACGAAACCAGCUUUAAAACAUUGUAAAAGAUAGUCCACCCCAAAUGAAAAUCAGCUAUCCUUUCUUGAGGUUUUAUUUUAGGGUGUUUAAAUAUCUGAGGGAUCUGGCCACUCCCUCUGCUGCUGCUAUGAGACUGUCACUUAAACCCUCUGGCUCCUCCCACCUAUUUGUCAGAGAGCAGUUAUCUACUGCCUCUGCUGGUGAAUUAUAUGCAUUGCAGUGCUAUCAUUCAAGCGUUCAAGACACCUGCUGACCACUCUCUAUUCCUUUUUGCACUGAGUGGUUCAUUUCAGUGAUCUACCUUAGUGUUUAUGUAUGAAUCAAACCGGACCCCUCUUGUAUAAGUGUGUUGGUUGUGUAUGAGUCAGUGCGUAUGUUCGUUUCUGUAUAUGACCGCCUGUCCUCAGGUCUGUUGUCAAAUUUGAAUUCAAAUGUUUUUUUUCUUCCUAUCACUCUACCUCCCUCAUACUACCAUAUGCUACCGGAUGGCAUUUUAACAGUCUCUCUUACUCUUCUCCUGUAUCAAUUUCCAACUUUCAUGAUCACUCUGAAAUAUUCAGACUCCUAUGAAUUGCCUGUGUUGGUUUGCUAUCGUUUACACUCUGCUUGCACUUAUAAAGAUGGCAGUUCUGCUCCCAAUCCACCGUUUCUCUGAUUCCCUUCCACAUUUUUGCUCAGGCCCUCAGUUUCCGCACAUUCAGUUGCAUUGUCUCUCUCCCACCAACAAUCUCACUCUUUAUCCCCCAUUAACAAGUGUUUUAACAUGCAUAGAAGGCUGUAUUGUUUGAUGCAUGCUCAUGUUUACAUAAUCCGUAUAUAACGUGCAGAUAAUUUCGCACUCCAUUAACUAUUCUGGCUCAGAAUGCACUGGAGUGGGUGUGGCACUGCCAUACUAGUCUGUAGAGUCACCCCAUUCACACUUACGGCCUGAAACUGAAUUCCGAUCCAGUUUGAUUUGUGUAUCUGGAGGUUGAGUUUCAAUUUUCAUUUUUUUAUUUUUUUGUUAUUCUCCACUGUUUCUCUUCCUGUGUUUCUGUGGAUGGUGACUCAGAGCACCAUGUGAACCUAACUAACCCUUCAGUGAAAAAAAAAAAAAAAAAAUCUGUCCUCUUUGUAUUUUGUUUGAUCUCAUUUGUUUGUUUGUUUUUGUUGUCUGCACUCAAGUAGUUUGAGUUCAAAAGGCUUUGCUGCAGUUCCUCUAAAAUGUGAUGAAUCAUGUUUCGUUGGUCCUGACCAAGUGUGCCAAACGUUCCUGAAGGCGUGACCUUCGCUAUAAAUGUGCUUACUGUACUGAGGAAAAAAAAGAGAAUGAAAGAUGAAAUUACGUAACUUUCUUUGGUGAUUGUUGAAGUGACCUCGCAGUUAAAAUAUCAAGAUUGUGAUUGCGCUCCUGUCGUGUGUGGUCGACUACGCCCUGGAUAUUAUUGGUGCUGACUGAUUUCCAACUUUUUUUUUUCGCUCAAAUCCAUGCAAAACCUCUCGUUCUCACUGUGCCUCAGUCGUAGACCAACACCAGAUUGCCUCAUGCACGUUUACACGCAAAUACAUGCCAGUCCCUCCCCUACACCCUGUGUCAGCUCUGCUGUCUUGAAGGGCUGAUAACUCUUUCCCACUUAUCUGAGCACCACCAGAUCAGGUGCACUGUUGUUUACGGAUACACUGCUGUGUAUUUUGUGUGUUCAUAGGUUAUUAGGCAGGUCGAUAGAUGGCAUAUUUGCUAAUGUAACCCAACAAAAAGAUCCAGUAGCAGCCAGAACAAACUACACUGCAAAAAUCAUUUUCUUAAUCAGUAUUUUUGUCUUGUAAAAACAUCUGUAGAACUUGAAGCACAUUUGUGAAAGAUAUCAAUACUUGUUUGCAGAGAAUAUAUCUUGAAUGGCAUUUAUUUCUCUUAACCAUUUGGGAAAUUUGUAUUCGUGUUGUAAGCAUAAAACAUCAAAAGUAAUGUUCUGGGUUCAAUACAAGUUGAGCUUAAUCGACAACAUUUGUGACGUAAUGUUGAUUACCACAAAAGAUAAUUGCGACUCAUCCUUCGUAUAUUAAAAAGAAACUCAAAUCGCAGUUACAGUAAUGCACUUACAAUGAAGUGAAUGGGGCCAAUAAUGUAACCGCGAUUUUUGCUUUUAUAAUUUAAAUAAAUGAGGCACAAGACAAAAUUAGUUUCUCUGGUUAUCUAUGCUACAAAUUCUGUCGAUUGAGCUGAACUUGUUAUGAACCUGGAAUAUAAACCUGGAAUUUUAAAAACAAGUCCUCUAUGCCAGUGGUCUAAGAAGGGCUUAAUUCAAGAAAUAUCCUCUAAAAACAAGUAUUUUUAUCCUUUUCAUUUUGCUUCUCAAUAAAAAAAAAAUGUAAAAAAAAGUCAAAGAUGUUGAUGUAUUUUUAUUAGUAAUAAAAACAAAAAUAUGCUAAUUUAAAAAAUAAUAUGCAGCUUCAUUUACGUGAGUGACGUUUGAGUCAUUUUAGGCCACAAAUCUUUUUUGUCAGGUAUUAACAGCUUCGUCCAGUUCAGUUGUGCAGUGAUUUAUUGUUAGUUACUUUCUCAAUAACCGUAAAAAUCCAGUGGGUCAUCUGAACAUUCUAGUUCAUGACCAAACCCUGCGGUGUCAUUUUAACAUGCAUUCCAACAGCAGUAUUCCGAUUCUGGAACUCAGCUGCUUAUGACAUCAGAGUGGCUGUAGAUUAGAUUUCAUCCCUCUGCGGUUCUUUAAUUCUGUCUGCAUGGCUAACGUUAAUCGCCGCUAGGUCUGUUCAGCGACCGCAGGCAACACACACCCAAUAACAAUGACAUCUGGGCUGGAAAUGCUUGCAUUAAAUCUCUCAAGGUUUAGACGUCAUAAGAAGUUGGUUUGGAGUGUUCUCCCUUUUCCUUUUUGAGUGCAUACAGCUCCACAAUGAUCUCAGCUGCAGGUGUGAGUGCCUCAAGCGGAUAUGGAAUUGUGGGACUGGAAGCUAGAGAGAGGCUCAGAUAGAGCCAAGCUGCUUCCUUUCUCAGUCCCUCAAUCCAAUAGCUUUCCCAGAACAGGAAACACCCCUCAGGUUUGCAGAGUGCAGAAUUCUGGUUACACAUGCAGCCUUGGACAACGCUGAACAACAUGUCUAGACAUUAGAUUCAAAACUUUAAUUUAGUAUGCCUAUAUUUCACAGUUUAGUAUGCCUGUAUGUGCCAGCAGAGAAAUAUAAUUAAUAAAAUCACUAAUUAAAUUAAACUAUUGAAAUUAAAGGGAUGUGCACUCAAAUGAAAAUUUGGUCUUUAAAUUCAUGUUGUUGCAAAUGUUUAUGACUUUAUUCUAUGGAACACAAAGGAAGAUUUUAGACAGAAUGUUGUCCUCAGUCACCUUUCACUUCCAUUAUAUGGAAGAUUCAAUAAAAGUGAAUGGUGACUGAGACCAACACUCUUUGUGGUGCAUGGAAGAGAGGGAGUCUUUCUGGUUUUGAAACACGUGAAACUACACACAACACACUGGCAAUGAUGCACUUUAAUGUGCAUUCAAAUGCAUACAGGGAACAAAGAUGCAUGGUGACUUCAAAAAUGUCGAUUUUUGUGACUGCACAAGGCGCUGUUUGCACUCUGCUUGACUUUUCUACUAAAGAGCUAAGCAGAGGUACCAGCUGAUGUGCCCGUUUACCGAUUGGCUUAUACAUUUUAAAACCCCUAUCCGUAGGCAUUAAGUCAACACCCCCUCCACACACGUCAGAGAAGCACUGCGGGUUGUUUGUUGUUGUUUGUGCUUUGAAACCUUCCAUCAGAACUUUCUCCAUGUCAUUUUGAGAAUCUGAAGUGCUGCUGUUUCUGUGCUUGACUCUGGGUUGGUUGGACUGCGUGUGGUCUUGAGGACCGUAGAGUUCAUAACGCUUCUGUGUGUGAUGUGACCAUUUUGCCUUACAUGUUUUCCAGGACUAAUUAAAGAGCAUAACUAAAAAAUAAA